CCAGGCAUGGGACUGAUGGGCAGGAGGUCGCCCACGCUGGAUGGUGCUUCCUUCUGGAAGUACUGGUGGGCUUCCUUGCCUUCCUGUUGCCUUGAAACCAGUAGCUGAAGGUGGAAAGGAAGCAGCACUCUGGGUCAGCAUGACGCUAGGAGCGUGUCCCCUCUUUUAUGACAUCACAAUUUAUUGCAUGCAGGUACGUGCAUCCUGGUGACUCUUUUUGGCAACACAGUCACGGACAAAGGCACUGUCUUCAAUGGGCUGUGCUUGUGCGUGUGGGGGGGUGUUAGAGACAAACAAAUAAAUGUCUAACAGGUGACAGCGAAGCUGUGACAAAAACGUCAAGGCAAGAAGCGAGUCGGAGAGUGAUGGGGUUGCGUUUUCAGACGGGAGCUCAGAAGGGGCUAAAGUGGCCUUAUGCAGAGAAUUGAAGGAAGUGCAGGAGGAAGCCGCACAGGCAGAGAAACAAAGGCAGUAAGAACAAAGGCCCUGCGCGUCACUUCACGCUGUUUCCUUCCAUCUUUAGACCAGCCCUGCAAACGUGCGUAUCGUGUCUCCCAGGCGAAGAUGUGAAAAGAGAGACUCAGCAAGAAAAAGCAACUUGCCCAAACUAGAGCUGGUCCCCGCUGGCACCAGAGUCAAACUCCGAUCCUCUGAUCUCAGAGGCGGUGCUGGGAACCAGGGCCGUGUGCAACAGUGUGAGAUGUUGCCGGAGGAGCGGAGAAGUGGGCACGCGGUGAGCGAGGGCGAAGGGGAGCCAGGAGAGCCAGGACCGGGAGGCCAGGGGGUGGGGGUGCCCCUGGGCAUCUAGCCUUUCCUGUCCGCCUCAUGCUCAGCUAGGCGUGGUGGCUGGUUCCUGACGGUUUUGUUGGCGUGCCAGUGAGUUCCUUUUGCAGUUCCUUCACCGCAGGGGACAAGUGUCCCAGAGGUCAAGUGGACAGAAGGGACACAGGGAGAAAUCCGGUCUCUCUGACCAGGCUCAUCACGUAGCUGCACAAGCAAACAGCUGCAGGAGUGAAGUGUCAGUUUCCCCGCGUGAGCCCCACACCGUUGUCCCCUAUUCGUCAGGGAAAAUCUUAGCCAAGGAAGCACCUUCUUUUGAAGAUAUCAAAUUGGGCCAAGUGCCUGGGCGGCCUCUCUCCACAUUCAGUCGCAUUCACGAUCGUCCCCCGUUCCAGCUGAGACAACACUUCCUCUAGGAAGCAUUCACUGAUUCCUCCAGACUUGGGGGAGCUUCCCUGCUAUUUCCUCCCAUAACGUCUGCAUCCUUAUCCAGCACUUUAAAUUUUGUAUUGAAAUUGUCUGUUUUCUGGAGCUCCUCACAGGCUAUACAUUCUUCGGGGGCAGCGCCAGUGCCUUGACUUUGCUUUCCUCUUCUGAAAUGAAAGAUGUCUCAGUGUGCCAUCCUCACUGGUUCUCCUUGAGCUGUCGUUGUCCGUGAGGUUAUGAGCGUCCUGACUCUCACUUCCACCUAUGCAGCCAUAUGCCCCAAACUGGACCCACGUAACAGAGUUUGUCAUAGUGGGCUUUGCUGGGGUGCAUGAAGCACGCCCCCUCUUCUUUACACUCUUCCUCACCAUGUACCUAUUCACCCUGGUGGAGAACUUGGCCAUCAUCGUGGUGGUGGCUUUAGACCACCGGCUACGUAGACCCAUGUAUUUCUUCCUGACGCACUUGUCCUGCCUUGAAAUCUGGUACACUUCGGUGACAGUGCCCAAGAUGCUGGCUGGUUUUAUUGGGGUAGGUGGGGGCAAGAACAUCUCCUAUGCUGGCUGCCUGUCCCAGCUCUUCAUCUUUACCUUCCUGGGGGCAACAGAGUGUUUCCUACUGGCUGCCAUGGCCUAUGACCGCUAUGUGGCCAUUUGUAUGCCUCUCCGAUAUGCGGCCUUGGUGUCGUGGGGCGCCUGCAUCCGUCUGGCCGCUGCUUGUUGGCUGGCAGGCCUCCUCACACCUGUUUUGCCUAUCUACCUCAUGUCCCAGCUGACGUUUUGUGGCCCCAACGUCAUCGACCACUUCUUCUGUGAUGCCUCACCGCUGCUAGCCUUGUCCUGCUCAGAUGUCACCCUGAAGGAGACCACAGACUUCCUCGUUUCUCUGGCGGUGCUCCUGGCCUCCUCUACGGUUAUUUCUGUGUCCUAUGGCAAUAUCGUCUGGACGUUGCUGCACAUCCAUUCAGCUGCUGAGCGCAGGAAGGCCUUCUCCACUUGUGCAGCUCACCUGACAGUGGUGAGCCUCUUCUAUGGCACUCUUUUUUUCAUGUAUGUCCGCACCAAAGUGGCCUCCUCCGUCAACUUCAACAAGGUGGUGUCUGUCUUCUACUCCAUUGUCACGCCAAUGCUCAACCCCCUCAUCUAUAGUCUUCGGAACAGGGAGGUGAAGGGAGCUCUGGGCCGAGCCUUGUCCCUCAGGUCUUGGAAAGGUCAGCAAGGAGGAAGGUGAAGACCUAAUUUUCUUGCCUUGGCUCUUCAGAAGGAGGGUGGUGAGGAUGAGGGGAUAGAGCAGUGACCUGGGUGGUCAUGAGUUAUGGAUUAUGUAUUAGUUAAAGUAAACUGUUAAUCUGGGGUAACAAGAGACACCUAGCUAUAAAAGGGCUUAAAGAAGGAAAGAGAUUUGUUCUUUCCUGCAAGAGUCCAAGGUGAGUGCUUCAGGGUUGGCAGGUGGCUCUGCUCAACAGGCAAAGAUGGAAGUUCCCUCAUUCCAUAGUGUCAACAUCCCUUAGGAUGUUGGCAAACUAAGCGCCGUGGGCCAAAUUCAGCUCGACAUUUGUUUUUAAUGAGCUGUAAGCUAAGAAUGGUUUUUAGACUUUUAAAUGGUUGUAAACAAAUCAAAAGUAAAAUAAUAUUUCAUGACA